CGACCACCGCCCAUCUCCCGACCCGACUCGGACUUUGAGGCACAACUCGGAGUCCAGUUUGUGGAGGGUCGCGAGGGCAUCCUCAUUACGGAGCUCAAUGAGCUGUUCGAAAAGGUGGGCUUUCCUCGACGUGACCCAGACCGCCUCCGGGUGGCGCUGGAGAACACGUAUCACAUCAUCUGGGUGCGUGCGGCUCGACAGAGCCGCCUAGCGAGGCAGAUAAUUGGCUUUGCGCGGGCAACCAGCGACGGGGUGCUUUCAGCCACUGUAUGGGAUGUGGCGGUCAACCCUGGCUGGCAGCGCUCCGGGCUGGGUAGGGCCCUCAUGGAGCGGCUCACGAAGAAGCUGGUGGAGGAUGGCAUCCCUACCAUUACACUGUACGCGGAGCCACAGGUCGUUGGGCUGUACGAGAAACUUGGCUAUGUGCGUGACCCUGACGGCAUCCGCGGCAUGGCGUUCCAGCGCCGGAAGAAGGAGAAGGCGUCCCUGCUCACACGGGCUUGA